CCAGACUUGUAAAACAUCACAGAAUGAGCUUCCUGACGUGUUUGUUUUCGUUGUUAUAUCUCGGCACCGUUGUGGCGGAUGUCCAUCAAAACGUGGAUGAUUUCUACUACGGGUCAUUUCCGAAAGGGUUUGUGUGGGCAACGGCUACAUCGGCUUACCAGGUGGAAGGGGCCUGGAACGUCGACGGCAAAGGUGAAUCUAUCUGGGACCGGUUUUCCCACACGCCAGGAAAGAUAAACCAUGGAGAUACGGGCGAUGUGGCCUGUGACAGCUAUCAUAAAUACCAAGACGAUAUCAGCAUGUUGAAGGAGAUUGGGGUAACCCAUUACCGAUUUUCUAUCGCCUGGAGCCGAGUUUUGCCUGAUGGCACUAUCAACAGCGUCAACGAGUACGGUAUUGGUUACUACAACAACUUGAUUAACGCCUUGAUACGUGCCGGGAUCCAGCCCAUGGUGACGCUAUACCACUGGGACCUGCCACAAGCCUUACAGGACCAGGGAGGCUUUUACAACUCAUCAUUUCCGGAGUGGUACAACGAUUAUGCAAGACUGUGUUUCCAAAGAUUUGGAGACAGGGUCAAACUAUGGAUCACAUUUAACGAGCCAUGGGUAGUCUGUGUUACCGGCCACGGAAGUGGCGAUUUCGCUCCGGGAAUCCACGAACCGGCCACCGGACCUUACCGAGCCGCUCACAGCAUUAUAAAGGCGCACUCCAAGGCUUACCACACUUAUGACAGAGAAUUCCGACAGAUACAGAAAGGCCAGGUUGGAAUAACGCUGAAUGUGGGUUGGUCGGAGCCCAAAACCAACAGCACAAUGGACCGAACUGCAUCCGACACAUCGAUGGAGUUCCAGCUUGGAUGGUUCGCCAAUGCGUUGUUAGCAAAUGGUGAUUACCCGGAUGUGAUGAAACAGAAGAUUAAGCAGAAGAGUGUCGGAAAAUCGCGCCUCCCAGAAUUCACAGCGGCAGAAAUUAGAGACAAACAAAGGAUCUUUGAAAAAUUGAUCCUUAUCAGAGCCAUAGAUUUCUUGGGUAUAAAUCAGUACUCCGCGACUUACGUGGCCUACCAUGCAGCUGAAUCUCAGGAACUGUCUUAUGACAACGACCAGGAUAUACAGAGUAGCGUGAAUCCAGACUGGCCCUCAACGAUAGCUUCUUGGCUCAGAGUCGUCCCCUGGGGCAUGAGGAGGGUCUUGGACUGGGUUCGUCGUCACUACAACAACCCUAUAGUCUACAUCACUGAAAACGGCCGGCCUCAGAACUUCAACCAAACAGACGGUCUCCAUGACGACUACAGGACGGAAUAUAUCAAAGGCUACAUCAACGAGGUCCUCAAAGCGAUCCACUACGAGGGUUGUAACGUAAAGGGUUACACACUUUGGUCCCUCAUGGACAAUUUCGAAUGGGCUAGCGGAUAUUCUCAGAAGUUUGGUAUUUACUCCGUGGAUUUCAACGACCCGACUAGGCCGAGAACUGCAAAGGAUUCAUCUCGUUAUUACAGCAAAGUUAUCAAAGAGAACGAAGUAUUGUUACAUAAUUUCAAUAUGUUGGCGAAAGCGAGUUUACUUACACUUGCGCUCUGCUGUCUUCAUCUCUGCUCAGCUGACGUUCAUCAGCACGUGGACGACUUCCUCUACGGUUCUUUCCCGCGGGACUUCGUCUGGGCGGCGGCCACUUCGGCCUAUCAGGUUGAAGGUGGAUGGAACGCAGAGGGUAAGGGCCCAUCAAUAUGGGACACGUUUUCACACAAUGGCCGAAUCUAUAACCAUCAGACGGGUGAUGUGGCCUGUGACAGCUACCAUAAAUACCGCGAGGAUGUGAAGAUGCUGAAAGAACUCGGGGUGAGCCAUUACCGCUUCUCGAUCGCCUGGAGCCGAGUUUUACCACAAGGGACCAUCGACAAGGUGAACCAGAAGGGCAUUGACUAUUACAACAAUCUGAUCAACGCGCUGCUUGCAGAGCACAUCCAGCCAAUGGUGACCUUGUACCAUUGGGAUCUACCCCAAGUUCUGCAGGAUAAAGGCGGUUUCUAUAACGCAGCCUUUGCUGACUGGUUCAACGACUACUCUAAAUUGUGCUUCCAGAAAUUCGGAGAUAGGGUAAAACUGUGGAUAACUUUCAACGAGCCCUGGGUGGUUAGCGUCCUUGGUCACGCCUACGGUUCGUUUGCCCCGGGAAUUCACGAACCUAACACCGGACCUUACCGAGCUACCCACAACAUCAUUCGUGCGCAUGCGAAAGCCUAUCACACUUACGUCAAUAAUUUUAAACAUUCUCAACACGGCAAGGUGGGCAUAACACUGGACGUUUCGUGGACUGAGCCCAAGACGACAUCGGCCGCGGACAGAGCAGCUGCCGAUCGGGCCAUACAGUUUAAACUGGGCUGGUUCGCUCAUCCGAUUUUCGGCAAUGGCGACUACCCGGAAGUCAUGAAGUCACAAAUUCGCGACAAGAGCCGAGGAUUGCCGAAGUCUCGACUUCCGGAAUUCACGGCCGCUGAGAAAAAUCUGACCAGAGGGUCUGCCGAUUUUAUCGGUAUCAAUCAAUACACCACACAACUAGUGUCCAACCGGAAGGCAGGCUCUAACUCCUAUGAUGACGACCAGGAUGUGGCCAUUAGCAGCGACCCUCACUGGCCAGGAACGGCUGCUGAUUGGCUGAAGGUUGUUCCGUGGGGCAUGCGUAGAGUACUGAACUGGGUUAAAGAUCAGUACAACAACCCGGAUGUGUAUAUCACGGAAAAUGGCCGCCCACAGGAACAGGGUCAUCAAGACACGUUGCACGAUUCUUACCGGUCCAAAUAUAUCAAGCUCUAUACAAAUGAGGUGCUGAAAGCGAUCCACUUCGAGGGUUGUAACGUAAAGGGUUACACACUCUGGUCCCUCAUGGACAAUUUCGAAUGGGCCAGUGGAUAUUCUCAGAAGUUUGGUAUUUACUCCGUGGACUUUAACAAUCCUUCACGUCCCAGGAAAGCCAAGUCAUCUGCACAUUACUUCACCCAACUCAUCAAAGACAAUGGGUUUAAGGAUCCUUCUGUCAACCCUGUUGGUUCAAAAUUUUGCAAAGCAAUGGCCUUGACCACGCUGCUGUUGCUGUUGUGCCUUAUCGCGGCUUUCAAUGAAUCUUUACCUCAGCAUCAGUUUUACUAUGGACAUUUCCCGCCAGACUUUCUGUGGGGUACGGCCACGUCGGCUUACCAGAUAGAGGGUGGCUGGAACGCCGACGGACGGGGCCCUAGUAUUUGGGAUACGUUCUCCCACGAGGGUAACGUCCGGAACAACGAGAAUGGAGACGUGGCCUGUGACAGCUAUCAUCUGUGGAAGGAAGACGUGAAGAAUUUACAACGCAUGGGGGUGAAACACUACCGUUUUUCGCUCUCCUGGAGCAGACUGUUACCUGACGGAACGACAAGCGUCAUCAAUCAGAAGGGCAUCGAUUAUUACAACAAACUCAUCAACUCUCUCGUAUGGGCUAACAUUGUUCCCAUGGUAACCUUGUAUCACUGGGAUCUUCCCCAGGCUUUGCAAGAUAGCGGAGGUUGGUUGAACGAUACCAUUGUAGAUGCGUUCAACGAAUACGCUAAACUUUGCUUCAGAUCGUUUGGAGACCGGGUGAAAUUUUGGAUUACCUUUAACGAGCCGUGGGCGACCACGUGGUUGGGAUAUGGCAACGGGCUGUUUGCCCCCGGGUAUAAAGUCCCGUACGGUCCGCCCUACACCGCCGCUCAUAACAUCAUCCGGUCACAUGUCGAGGCUUAUCACACUUACAGAGAGUUUUUCCAGCCAAGUCAACAAGGUAAAGUGGGACUUACCGCAGACUUACAGUGGAAAGAGCCCAAAACAAAUAGCCCAGAAGACAUCGCCGCCGCCGAAAGAGCCGCCAUGUUUAAACUGGGCUGGUAUCUCAACCCCAUAUAUGGUAAUGGAGAUUACCCGGAUGUGAUGAAGGAGCUGGUAGCCAAUAAGAGCAGUGCUCAGGGUUAUUCAGUGUCACGACUUCCGCUUUUUAGUGACGAAGAAAUCCAACGUAACAAAGGAUCUGGAGACUUCAUUGGUAUUAACCAUUAUAGUACACAACUCGUAUCCGACUUCAAGCGCCCCCUAAAACCGGUGUCGUAUGAAUAUGACCAGGACGUCAAGAUCACGUUUGAUCCCAGCUGGAAGGGUCCCGUGGGCACCAGUUGGCUGAAGGUAGUUCCUUGGGGAUUGCGGAAGCUACUUAACUGGGUGAAGGAUCGCUAUAACAACCAACCCGUUUACAUCACUGAGAAUGGAAUUUUCGACAUGACGGGAGACACCAGCGAUAGGUUCAGAAUAGAUUUUAUCAGGGAUUACACCAAUGAGGUUCUCAAAGCCAUCCGAUUGGACAACUGUAAUGUGAAGGCGUAUACUUACUGGAGCCUGAUGGACAACUUUGAGUGGGCAGAUGGUUACCAUUACAAGUUCGGUCUCCAUUAUGUGAACUUCACGGAUCCCGCGAGACCGAGAGUGGCCAAAGACUCAGCGAGAUUCUACAGUAAUCUGAUCAAGAGAAACGGCUACCACCCGACCUACACAGAUGUUAUCUCACAGCCGAUUGAGACAGAACAGGUGAUAGAUAUCAGCGAGAUUCGCGGAGACAACGAGAGCAGUCAAUCUUUACCCCAGGAGAAGGAGUUUUACUACGGACAUUUCCCCCCAGACUUUAUGUGGGGUACGGCCACUGCGUCUUACCAGAUAGAGGGAGGCUGGAACGCUGACGGUAAAGGUCUCAGUAUCUGGGAUAAUUUCACUCACGCAGGACGGAUUAAAAACCACGCUACUGGUGACGUGGCCUGUGAUAGUUACCACCAGUGGAAAGAAGACGUGAAGAAUCUCCAGCGCAUGGGUGUAAAGCACUAUCGUUUUUCAAUAUCCUGGAGCCGACUGUUACCAGACGGAUCGACAAGCGUUAUCAAUCAGAAGGGCAUCGAUUAUUACAACAAGCUCAUCAAUUCUCUCGUGUGGGCCAAUAUCGUUCCCAUGGUAACUUUGUACCAUUGGGAUCUUCCUCAGGCUUUGCAGGAUACUGGAGGUUGGCUGAACGAAUCCAUCAUAGACUUUUACAACGAAUAUGCUAAACUCUGCUUCAAAACGUUUGGAGACCGGGUAAAAUUUUGGAUUACGUUUAACGAGCCCUGGUCUACAACUUGGAUGGGAUAUGGCACUGGAGAGAGCGCACCAGGCAUUCAAGCCCCGGCCACUGCGCCCUACACCGCCGCUCACAACAUCAUCCGGUCACAUGUUAAGGCAUAUCAUUCUUACAGAAACUUAUUCCAGCCAACACAGCAAGGUUAUGUUGGCAUCACAGCUGACUUACAAUGGAAAGAGCCCAAAACGAACAGCACAGCGGACAUCGCUGCGGCCCAAAGAGCCGCCAUGUUUAAGCUUGGCUGGUAUCUCAACCCCAUAUAUGGCAACGGAGAUUACCCAGAUGUGAUGAAGGAGCAGGUAGCCAAUAAGAGCAAAGCCCAGGGUUAUCAAGAGUCACGACUUCCGGUUUUCAGUGACAAGGACAUCCAACGUAAUAGAGGCUCUGGAGACUUCAUUGGCAUAAACCACUACAGCACACAGCUCGUGUCUGACAAGAAACGCCCCCUAUAUCCGGUGUCGUAUGAAAAUGACCAGGAUGUGGAGAUCACAUUUGACCCCAGCUGGAAAGGACCCGAUCCUAACGGCUGGCUGAAAGUGGUGCCAUGGGGUAUUCGGAAGUUGAUGAAUUGGGUUAAGAAUCGCUAUGACAACCAGCCCGUCUACAUCACCGAGAACGGCAUCUUUGAUAACACCGGUCACCUUGACGACCAAAAUCGGAUCGACUUUAUACGGAACUACACGAACGAGGUGCUCAAAGCCAUCCGACUGGACAACUGUAAUGUGAAGGCGUACACCUACUGGUGCCUAAUGGACGACUUCGAGUGGGGUGGAGGAUACGAACCCAAGUUCGGUCUCCAUUACGUCAACUUCUCUGAUCCAGCGAGACCGAGGAUGGCCAAAGACUCGUCGCGCUUCUACUCCAGCCUGAUCAAAAGGAACGGCUACCACCGAACCUACAAAGAAGUUCUUCCUAACCCUAUUGGUUGAUUCUUCCCAGGUUCCGAUAGAGAUGAUUGCUUUUGGACUUUUGAAAGAUUACUGUAUCUAGUAAUACUUGUAAAGAAAUACAUAGA